UACGCAGUAACGUGCGUGCCAUUGUUUGUUGAUUUGUUGCGUUUCUUUGUAGGGAACGAUUUUGUGGAGUUCUAAACAACGUCCUCGCGUUUUGCUGAAUCAGAAGCCAAAAAACGUUGUCCUUUCCAAAGUGCGUUACACAACACAAGAAAGUACGACAUAUUGUCGCAAGUCAUAUCGAACUGAAGAAUUACCUUGAGCCGCAGGUCAACCAACCUAGGCCAGGAGCUUUUUUGCUUCACUCUCAGAUGCUGAGUAUCGUAGGAACAAAACCAAUUAGUUCAGUUGAGUGAUGAAGGAUGACAAAACGUAACCCUUUGUUACACUCGGCUGAUAACCUUAGGAUUUUGUAACUCAGCUGCGGAAUAUUUUACUGUCAUUGUACACGUGCAUCAGAAUUAUGCCUGUUUGCUUUUGCCACAAAUAGCAUUUCGCCCGUCAGGCAACACCCUUUGUGUACUUAACCCACACAACACUGUAACACAAUCGCGCAAACACGGUUAUCCCCACCCGCGAGCAGUGUUACCGCGAUCAAGGCUGCGCCUUUUUAAUAGAGUGAGAGAGGUGAACAUCAUACGAUAUCACCCCACCGCGUCUGGGACGGAUGACAAAAGCUGGUCGCAAACCUGCUACAUCCAAGGAAAGUGAGCUAAUCGUCUCGUUCGCAAUAGGUUCCUAUGUCUGCAGCAGAUGUAGAGAGUGAUCAGAUGGAUACCUUGGUAGACAGUGCCUCUGCCUGCAGCAGUAAUGGCAGCAUCCACUUCAGCCAUCAUCAUCAGCAACAAUCGACGGAUGUGAAAAUGACUCAUCUGAACGGAACCCUCGACCAGCCAUCAUACGGCCACAACAAUAAUCGGCUUGAAAAGCUGCAACCGGUCAGAAACGGGGUGUUGUUAAAGCCAGCGACUGCAACUGCUGGUUCCACUAACCAGCGCGAUUCGUCACCCGUGGACGAAGAUCGUUCUGCCCGCCAAUCACUCAUCCUGUUAUUGGGCAUUUUUCUUGCAAGCCUGUUCGCGAUGCUUUAUGUGUACGCGAUGUUUCCGCAACUGGACGAAUCGGAGAAACAGUACAUCAAAGUACCGUUCGACAUUGAAGACGCCAAACAGCUGGGCCGAGUCUUGGAUCGGUACAAGGAUCUCUACAAUCUCGAAGUCAUGUUUGGUAUCAUACUGGUGUACAUAUUCCUACAAACGUUUGCCAUUCCGGGUUCAUUGUUUUUAUCGAUACUGAGUGGAUUCCUGUACAGCUUCCCGGUCGCGCUCACGCUGGUCUGCUUCUGCUCGGCGCUUGGUGCCACCUUGUGCUAUCUUCUUUCACAACUAGUGGGAAGGCGUUUGGUAAAGUUCUACUUUCCUGAACGGGCCCGUCUAUGGGCAUCGCAAGUGGAUCGUCACCGAGACGACCUGUUAAGCUACAUGCUCUUCUUGCGCAUGACGCCAUUCCUGCCAAAUUGGUUCAUAAACCUGGUGGCUCCCGUAAUCGGCGUACCGUUAUAUCCAUUUGCACUUGGCACUUUUCUCGGCGUGGCACCACCAUCUUUCAUUGCAAUACAGGCUGGCAAAACGCUGUACAAGAUGACCAGCUCAAGCGACGCGUUUAGUUGGGGCUCGAUCGUAAUGCUGGCCGCAUUCUCUAUCGUUGCUCUCGUACCAGCCAUAUUCAAACGCUACUUUAAAACAAAGAUUGAUUAAACACCAAGAUCAACACUAAACAUUAAGAUCAACAGAACGCUAGAUGUUGGGCAAAGGUUUUCAGUUUUUUUUUGGUUCAUGUAAUAGCUAAGAGAGUAUAAAUAGCGAACACGAUAAGCACUGUGAAUACAACGACGGUCGUUGUUAAUUUAGCCAAAGAAGACAUACGUUUAUCAUUUAGGGAGUUAAGAAGGUUAGUUUGCUAAAUGUUGUUGUUAGCUAAACAAGGGACAUCCUAUCCGGUGUAUGUGUUAAAACAUCGCAAUUUGAACUAUCUGUGUUUAUGACGUCAAACAAUGGAUUAAUUGUUUUACCAUACUAAUGAAAUACAUGAAAUGACGAAAUACACAUCCUUUGCAUGGUAGAAAGCUCAGUGUAUGCGUAUGUAGCUAAAACUAUGUAUAAACAGUAAACGUUUCUUCAACAACGGUGAUACAAUUGUAUGUGUGCAUAAUGGCAUCGACAUACUCAUCGUCAAAAUCAAGGCAUCAAGAUAUUAGUGCAUAAAUUGCAGCCAAACUGCCAAGAACGAAAACAAGAGAGGCAAACCGCUGAAUAAGAGGUCGCGAAAUAUGAUUCAUUCCACUAUAUUAUAUUGCACAACUGUGUAGUUUUUUUUCCUCUAUGACGAUUUCCGAAGGUGUUGUCUGAUCAUUAACUAGGUCGCCGGAUAUCUAGGAUCGAUGCACAUUCUGACUCAACAACAGUCUGACAUCUUUUACGCUAAAUCGGCGACUAGUGAAUUUGGUUUCCCUAUUUGGAUUCUCUAUAUAUGGUGUGAUGAAAACCGUGCCCUGAAUAAUAUGUUAUAAGAAGCGGUUUAUGCUAAACUGAUUAAACGGUUUAUGCUAACGAUUAAUCCGUUCAAGUCACUGAUUCAAUAUUAGCAAAGUAAAAGUAGAGGCUAAACUUUGUUGACGAUGCACGAAUGAAGGAAAGUGAAAGCAAAUCAGCUACUGAUGAAAAAUUAGUGAUAAGUAGUAAAAACAAUACACAUAAAAAGAAAAAAAUCUAUCAAGAACGAAAAAUAAAAUAUGUGCACCGAAAAAGAUACCGAUGUUGCUAAAUUCUAUUCACCCAUUUGGGGGGUAGCAACAGGUAAUAUAGGUAUUAGACAAUUUUAGUUCAAUAUUGGUACUAAUGAAUGCUUACCAUGGAAUUGCAUACAGUGCAUGCCGGGACAAAAUAGUUAAAAAAAUAUCCUUCCAAAUUACCGGGAAAGUGCAAGAGGAUUGGCAGGGAUUGCAACAGAGAUUGGCAUGUUAGCCUAGUAAGUUCGUGCACACCCGCAAUCAGCGGGGCAAUCCUAUAGUUCCUGUUAUUCCUGUAUGUUUAUUUUGAACAGUCAUGAGGACGUGGAAGAAAGGGCGAUUUGACUACGAAAAAUAGCAAAUCAUAGUUAUCGUAUCUUAUCUUUUUGUAUAAGCAUUAAAAGAAAUAUACCUUUUUGAAUACGAUUGGUUUCCACAGAAAAGCUGAAUGCAACCGCUCUGAGCCCGUUUCACUACCAAACGCUAACCUGUUUGGUUCAAAUUUGCCUUUAUCGUUUAUUUUAUUCGUUGACAUAAUUUAUUACGAGUAACAUGUAACGGUUGGUCGUAGGUUUUUCCUGUAACGCAUAAAAAUCGUUCUCGGGUUGCGGUUUAUGUCACAACGAAACUGUAUUUUGGUACAUUUGGCGGAUUUCUGUUUUGUUGAAAGGGACAUCAGAGCCAAUGACACCCCAAUCAUCAAAUGCUGAACUAUUUUCUCAGCAGUUUUUAUGCAGAAAUGCUGUUUUUGUCGUUCCUUAAGAUCCUACUAUGCACAUAUUGGAGAAAUAAAACUGAUCCGUCAAAAAGAGCCACAUCAAUAGAAAAGGCAUACACCAUAAACGUAAAGAUAGGUCUGAAUGUUUAAAGCGAUGUGCGCUUUGUAAUAUCUCGCCAUUUAGGAAUCUGAGUUAUAGACGCCUUUUUAUGUAAGCACCCCUUCAUUCGCUUAAAAAGAAACCAUAGUUAAUAAAGUGAAACAAAAAACAAAACACUUGCAUAAAAUAUAUUGCAC